AUGCACGGCGCAUGCUCCAUGCGGAGGUUCCACCCUCCCCUCGCUCUGGCAGGCACGCAUUGCGCAUGCUCGCAUCUCGGCAACUCUAAGACUGCCACGCUGCCAUGGGCCGCGCCUCUAAAACUCCUAAACGCAGAAAGAGCUCGGGCGCUACGGCCGCCACAGCCCCUCCCUCGUCCUCACCGCAGCCGCUUGGCCCCACCAAAGCCUCCUGCAAAAGCUCCGAGGGCCGCGGGGCGCGCGUGGCUAGCGGCGGCGUCGCCUCGUGAUGACAUCGUCGCGAUGACGCGGCGCAGUGACGUGAACGCGGGCGCCCUUGUUUGGGAGCGCGGCCGGCGCGCCCGUUUUGAAGCUCCCCUGAGCAGCGCGGGCCGGACCGCCCCGCCUCCUCGGUCCCCGCGCCCCGCGAGUCCGCGCAGUUCCCGAGGUGCGGGCCCUGUUCUCUGCGCCGCGCCCCCUCAGCGGGCCGUGCUCGCAUCACCGGGGCGGGGCGGGGCGCGGGCGUCCGGGGGCGCCCCGGGCCCAGCCCCCGCCAUGCCGCCCGGCAAAGUGCUGCAGCCGGUCCUGAAGAUGAAGGUGGACGAGCUGUUCCUGUACUGGCUCAGCGAGGCCAGCACGCAGCGGAUGCUGCAGGACUGCCUGCGCCGGAUCAAGGCGCCCGGGCGGGACCAGCCGACCGCGGGGGACGGGGAGCAGCCCGGGGCCUGGCCCACAGCCCCGCUCGCCGCCCCCAGGUCCAGCGGGCUCGAGCCCCCGGGAACCCCCGGGCCGGGCCCUGCGCUGCCCGUGGGCGCCGCCUCCAGCCCCAGGAACGCGCCCCACGCUCGAGGCACCCGUAGAUCCGCAGGGACGAAAGUAGUUCAGACGCGGAAAGAAGAGCCUCUGCCCCCGGCCACGAGCCAAAGCAUUCCGACCUUCUACUUCCCCAGAGGACACCCGCAGGACUCCGUCAACGUGGAUGCCGUCAUCAGCAAGAUCGAGAGCACCUUCGCCCGGUUCCCCCACGAGAGGGCCACCAUGGACGACAUGGGCCUGGUGCACAAGGCCUGCAGCUGCCCCCUCUACUGGAAGGGGCCACUCUUCUAUGGCGCCGGCGGGGAGCGCACGGGCUCCGUGUCCGUCCACAAGUUCGUCACCAUGUGGAGAAAAAUCCUCCAGAACUGCCACGAUGACACGGCCAAGUUCGUCCAUCUGCUCAUGAGCCCCAGCUGCAACUACCUGGUGCAGGAGGACUUUGUCCCCUUCUUGCAGGACGUGGUGAACACGCACCCGGGGCUGUCGUUCCUGAAGGAGGCGUCCGAGUUCCACUCGCGCUACAUCACCACGGUCAUCCAGCGGAUCUUCUACGCCGUGAACCGGUCCUGGUCCGGCAGGAUCACCUGCGCCGAGCUGCGGAGGAGCUCCUUCCUGCAGAAUGUGGCGCUGCUGGAGGAGGAGGCGGACAUCAACCAGCUGACCGAAUUCUUCUCGUACGAGCAUUUCUAUGUCAUCUACUGCAAGUUCUGGGAGCUGGACACGGACCACGACCUGCUCAUCGAUGCGGACGACCUGGCGCGGCACAAUGACCACGCCAUUUCUACCAAGAUGAUCGACAGGAUCUUCUCAGGAGCAGUCACACAAGGCAGAAAAGUGCAGAAGGAAGGGAAGAUCAGCUAUGCCGUCUUUGUCUGGUUUUUGAUCUCUGAGGAAGACAAAAAAACACCGACCAGCAUCGAGUACUGGUUCCGCUGCAUGGACCUGGACGGGGACGGCGCCCUGUCCAUGUUCGAGCUUGAGUACUUCUACGAGGAGCAGUGCCGAAGGCUGGACAGCAUGGCCAUCGAGGCCCUGCCCUUCCAGGACUGCCUCUGCCAGAUGCUGGACCUGGUCAAGCCGAGGACUGAAGGGAAGAUCACGCUGCAGGACCUGAAGCGCUGCGAGCUGGCCAACGUCGUCUUCGACACCUUCUUCAACAUCGAGAAGUACCUCGACCACGAGCAGAAACAGCAGAUCUCCCUGCGCAGGGACGGUGACAGCGGCGGCCCCGAGCUCUCGGACUGGGAGAAGUAUGCGGCCGAGGAGUACGACAUCCUGGUGGCCGAGGAGACCGCGGGAGAGCCCUGGGAGGACGGCCUGGAACCCGCAGGGUGUUGUGGUGGAUGUCAGGGCAGACCACGGCCAGCCUUGAGUGAGUCCUGCUGGUUUGUGUGCCGUCCUCGUUCCCAGUCCUGGGGGACGUCUCCCCUCACACAGCGAUAGCAGACCCCACGUUAGCUGAAAUGGGAAAAAACUUGAAGGAGGCAGUGAAGAUGCUAGAGGACAGUCAGAG